UGCGGCCUCGUUGGUGCUAAAGAUGGCCGGCGAUGGAGGCGCUCUGAAGGAUAUUAACGAGAUCAAGUCGCAGUUCCGCACCAGGGAGGGUUUCUACAAGCUGUUCACGCUCUCGGACUCGCAGCAGCGGGCCGGGUUAGCGCGCGGUCCCGGCGCUGGAGGUGCCGCAGCCGGUGCCACCUCGAUACCGGGGGGCGGCGGCGGUGUGGUACCGGGACCCGGCGGCUCCUCUCCGGCUUCGGCGGGCUUCCUGCCUCCGGUGCGGGUCUCCAUGGUGAAGCUUCAGCCGGAAGACCCGAGCGAGGAGUCCGAGCGUGUGUGCUUCAACGUCGGCCGCGAGCUCUAUUUCUACACGUACACCAAUAUUAAAAAGGCGGUGGAUCUUAGUAAGCCUAUAGACAAGCGUAUAUAUAAAGGGACGCAGCCCACGUGUCAUGACUUUAAUCAGUAUUCAGCGACUGCGGACAGCGUGGCUCUCAUCGUCGGCUUCUCAGCAGGCCAGGUGCAGUACCUGGACCCCAUCAAAAAAGAGACCAGCAAGCUCUUCAAUGAAGAGAGAUUAAUAGACAAAACUAAAGUGACCUGUCUCAAAUGGCUCCCUAAAUCUGAGAACUUAUUCCUGGCCUCCCAUGCUAGUGGUCACCUCUACCUCUAUAAUGUGGAACACCCAUGUGGCACAACAGCGCCGCAGUAUACUCUGCUUCGACAGGGUGAGGGAUUUGCUGUUUACGCUUGCAAAACCAAAACGCCUCGUAAUCCACUUCUGAGAUGGGCGGUGGGGGAAGGCGGGCUGAACGAAUUUGCGUUUUCGCCUGACGGUGUGCACAUAGCUUGUGUUGGCCAAGAUGGCUGCCUACGUGUCUUUCAUUUUGAUUCAAUGGAGCUGCACGGUGUCAUGAAGAGCUACUUUGGUGGCUUGCUCUGUGUUUCUUGGAGUCCAGAUGGGAAAUAUUUGGCCACUGGUGGAGAAGACGACUUGGUCACCGUAUGGUCGUUUGCAGAGAGUCGUGUAGUGGCGCGAGGUCAUGGACACAAGUCCUGGGUAAACGUGGUGGCUUUUGACCCCUUUACCACCAGCAUAGAAGAAGAAGAACCAAUGGAGCUUAGCGGUAGUGAGGAGGAUCUCCACCAGGGCCAAGGGGCACUAAAUUUUGGUCGUGUGCGAACCAGCAGCACUUUGUCCCGUCUCUCUCGACACAGCUCUAAAGGCGGCGGGCCAUCCGUUUCAUAUCGCUUCGGAUCGGUGGGACAAGAUACCCAGUUUUGCCUCUGGGAUCUCACAGAUGAUGUCCUGUAUCCUCGACUUCCUCUUUCCCGCGCCCUCACCAACACGUUCGGCUCCAACGUGCCACCUUCCAUUAGUGUGGGGUUGAACAGCACGAGCGGAAGUGGAGGGGUUGAAGGUCAUCAUCACCCUUCCAACACCCACCAGACGGCAUCAUUGCCCCUUCCUCUACCUCGCUCGCUCUCAAGAUCCAAUUCCCUUCCACAUCCUGCUGUUGCAAACGCUUCAAAGAGCCAAGGGGGGACAGAAAGUGGAGGAACAGGAGGAAGCGGAGGAGGAAGCAGUGCUCCAUUUAGCAUUGGACGUUUUGCAACACUGUCGCUCCAAGAGCGCAAAUCAGACAAGUCCGCCACUGGAGGGGAAAAGGAGCACAAGCGCUACCACAGCCUUGGGAACAUCAGCAAGAGCAAUGACAAGAUCAAUGUAGCACCACGUAGCAACCGAUUGGAUGCCUCUAAGGUGCUUGGAACAACGCUGUGUCCACGGAUGAACGAAGUCCCAUUGCUAGAACCUCUCGUUUGUAAGAAGAUCGCCCAUGAAAGGCUCACGGUUCUUGUCUUCAUGGACGAUUGCAUCAUCACUGCAUGUCAAGAGGGACUCAUCUGCACCUGGGCACGGCCAGGCAAAAUGGUGAGACCUCAAAUGAUGGUAAUGUCUCUAAGGUGUUUUUAUUUAUUUAUUUUAUUUUUUUUAUAAUCAGUCUUGACAAAUGUAUUUAUGUUUACUUGACUUCAGUGACUUGGUAUUUACCCAAUAAGGAGAAUCAGGUGGUUCGAUCAGGAAAAAGCUUCGUUACGAUUUUUUGCAAAAAAAAAAAAGAUGGUGCCACUUUGGAUCCCAUUUAUCCCUGAUUGCAUCAUGACUCUUGCUUAGAUUGGUAAGAUCCUGGUAAGAUUUGAACCACAUCCAAUUAGACUUGUAGUCACAUGUGUCUGCGGUUAGACAGAUUACAGUUUGAUCGUUGUAUCGUUUGUAAUAUGCACAUCAGUACACUUCAUAACCAGCGUCACGCCCCUUCUUCCAGUUGUUCUAUGCAACAAGGGGAUGCGGUUUGGAAGUGCCAAUCAGUCUUUAGAAGAAGGCUGGAACACCGUGUCCACACAUCAGUUAUUGUGAUUAAGCAGUUUCCUGUGUUUACUAGCAUUCCAUAAUAAAAUGGUGGGCAUGGAGGUCUCAUGUUGGGAAGCAUGUGGCUUGGAGAGACAGAUUAAUUAAAUUUCUGUAACAAAUAUGACUAAAAUUUGUCUCGGACCUUCUCGGUGGUCUAAGCGAUCAGAUUUAAAUUUGGAUUUAUGCAAAUAUCGUCGUGAUAUUCAAGCUGCAUGAAUUGACCACGUGUAAGCAAGGUGUCUGUAAAUGGGAACUGAUUUAUUUAUUUUUUUCCCCCCUAAAUAUUUAUUUGUCCUCUUCUUGUUGCAGCAUUCUUCUCAACCAUUAUCAACACAAAACGGAAACUCGCCCAGUGGAACGGUGGUAUAGCUGGCAGCAAUGCCCCCCCCCCCCCCCCCCCCCCAACACACACACACAAUCACCUGCACUGACACUUCCUGCUUCCUGUUUUCAGAGGCUUGACUUCCUCUCCUUGAGGCCUGGAGUUGAUCCGGCACAGUAUUACCACUGUUGCCUCAUCUUCAUAACCACACAAUCACAAAACACACACAUGCAGCUUAUCUGAGGACCAAUAUACAAAGACGGUGGCACGAACCACACAAAUGUAGAUACUCUUUAUCUUCCAUAUCAGCUUCCCACUAUGUUCCUUUCACUUUUCCUUUGAUGGAAAGGUGACUGAGACAUUCCUUCCAUCAACAUCCCCCCCUCCCCUUGCCAAAAGGGGAUAAACACUGCAGAUGCCACGACCAUUGUAUCUUAUUUAUUUAUUUUAUCAUUGAAACUGUAGUAAUUUAUAUUGUACAUAUUCAGAAUACUCUAUAAAGGCAGAGGACUAAAUGUAUUGAAAUAACAAACUCAAAUCAUUAAUAUAUGAAAAUCCUAUAUUGUACAUAGUGACAGUUGUGUUUGAAUGUUAUGUUUGUGAAACGUAGGGGAUCUAAAGAGUUAGCGUUUCUGUAUGCUCGUGCUCCCUAUGUUGUUAAGGCCAACGAUUGGGAUUUGAUGAAGUAGCUGCAUUCCGUUUAGACUGAACUGAGAUUUCGCCUUUUCCUCAGACAGCUAGGGUUUCCUGACUCAUAAUGAACACAAUCCUGAAGAGUUCCACGUUCAGCAAGGUCAACAUACCGAGCUAAAAUGCUACUAGCUUAAGAUUGGUAAAUAGCCGAAGCAAAAAUGAGGCGUUUUUACAAGCUUUCUUACGGUUGCUAACUCCUAGUUUUUUCGAAUGAUGUUGGACAAAAAUCAACAUUUUAUUCCUUCAGUGAAUUAAACUAGGCUUUGCAAACCCUUGCCUUGUUGAACGAAGGUAAUUCUCUAGCUAACCUAAGAAAGUCGUCGCUGUAAUUCAGUAACAUAUUUAACUACUGUAGCAUCUUGUAGGCAGCGUUUUUCUUGCCUGCUAUGCCUCUUGCAAAAUUUUGCACAAUUUAACAAUUUGAGCCUAAUUUUUGCCCAUUAGACAAGUGCAGAUAGCUUUCCAGGAGGUUGAAUGUUUCAGCUAGCGAGCUGGAAAACACAAACAUUUCACCACACAAAAUUCGUAAUAAUUGAAGGAAGAUGGAGCUAUCUUACUGUCUAACUGAUUUCGGAUUAGUGUAACUCUGACUGUGGUGGUUUCCUCGUCGUCAUUCUUAUUAAAGGACUUUUUUUCUUGAGGACCCCCAAGCUCAAGUGUUGAGACUGCAAGCAUAACCAAGACAUCUAGCUGUGUUUUGGUAUAAAGGUAAGGUUUAAGUAUUCAUGUUUAAGGAUUUUGACUGAAAGUAAAAAAAAAAAAAAAAAAAAAGUUUGGCUUUAUUUUGAAGCAUGGCAGAAACAAACUACCAAACUAGCCAGCUAUUUGAUCUUAGCUUAGUUAGAUUCAAUAGCUUAGCUUAGCUUAGCUACGUAGCAUACCAGCUCUGUAGGGAGGACCACCACAGUUACCAGAACAGCUACUAAUCUAGGUUAUGUGAUUUUUAUUGAACUAAGAUUUCCAACAACACUGUCAAAAAGAUAAACACUUAGCUUGGCUAGCAGGUAUCUCUGCAUUCGAAUGCUGUUUAACACAUCUUCAGCCUCCCCUUUACGCCCUGUGUGUAACUUAAUGCUUCAUCAACUUCCUGUUAUAGUGGGGAAACAAAUAAUUAAACAGGAACAUGACAUUGACAUCAAGAGUUAUGUCGCUGAAAUUAUUUGCUUGGAGUUUUGUGCACUCUGGAUAGCCUUCAGCAUGCUAACUAGCUAAGAAGGUGAAGUAUCUAAGCUCCAUUUGCUUUGUUUUUUUACAUUUCUAAACAGGCUUGUCCACCAUUUUGAUUGACCUCCAUCAGCAGACCUGCCAACCUUCAUGCACCAGAUGAUGUUUGUUGGCAAACGAGACCUUGUAGCUGUACUCAUGUUUGAUGCACGUGAAUCGAAGAUGGCUUUGAUUGAAUGCGCGUCGUGAUGACGUCACAUGACACGUCUUGGCCCAAAUCUGUGGAAAAUCUGAGGUAAUUUUGUAAAAUUGCAAGCUCUUCCGAAUAGUGCGGGGUUUGCUCAAUUUCACGUUCAUUUCUGCAAUAGCGAAACCCUGAGGCGACUGGACAAGGGACAUCAGUUCAUUCGAAUUCAAUUAAAAAAAACUUUAUUGUCCGUCCCCUGAGGGUUAGAAAAUUGUCUUUAGACAGAGGCUCAAACAAACAAUACAACAAACAAAAAAUAUUAUUAUUAUUAUUAUUAUUUUAAACCCACAGCUGUUACUGACAAGCAAUUCAUUUAAAAUUUACUGGGUUUUCCCUCCCCUAACUGUUUAUGCCAUUUUUACUCCAUCCACGCAUUCCCCAGACUACUCAUUAUUUCUCUUAGGGGUUGGCAGGUCUGCCUCGGAAACAGUAUCUUUGAUUGAAGUUGUAUACCAUGGUUUUGACGUUUACCCUGAUUCGACUCCUCAUCUAACAAACUUCACUCGGGCUAACAGCAACCAAGCGGUCCUUGAGAUGACAGCAGAGAUUCGAGAACGCUGGAGGAAUGGGAAGGGGGCGUCAACGAGGGUGUAUUGAAAAGCAGCAUACGAAUACAGGACUAAAUUCACUCUGAAUCUUUCUUUAUUGUUGCCCAAGCUAUGUUAAGCUACUGAAGGAAUGGAUAUGCCUUUUUCGCCAUCCGUUAUCAUUCCUACCUGCUGAAAAGACGAGUUACUGGAUUUUCGACUGUGACCAGUGUUUUAAUCCUUGAGUUACAUUACUUGCUUCUUUAUUUAUUUAUUUAGCUUAAUAUAUAGAUAGAUUUCUUAAUAUGGCUGUCACACAACACAAAACAAACUAUCUUUAUUUGCAGGGAUGCAUUGAUCUGUUCCGUAAAUUUAGAUGUUCCUGUUUGUCUUAAGUAUAGACUUAUCGCAAACUUUAUCAUGUAACCUCACCACUACUCUUUCUUUUGGAUAACUUCAGUUUGACCUACUGCUUAACAUGGAUUCCUGUUUUAACUUCCUCAGUGUAAUAGUUUACUAACACUAACUAUAUUAACUAGCUACCUAAACACAGCACUGCUCUACUGAAGCUACCUAGGUCCAAUUCCAUGUUAGCUAGUGUUUGGCCUGCUAUUUUAUUGCAUAAUUAAAACGAGUAGCCAGGUUUUUCUAGCUAGCGUACUGUCAAUGCGAGAACUGUUGUACCAUGUGAUUUAAAACCAGUAUUUUUUGUUAAGCAGGAAGUUAAAUUAGUGGUGAUGUCACAUGAAGUUUCCAUCUUAAAUCAGUGCAUCCCUAUUUGCUAACAUGGGAAAGGUGGCGGACCAAAUCAUUUAUAGAGUAUGUUGUAGCCUUGUUGAGUGUUUUAGCACAAGACAAAAAUGCUGUUGCCUGAGCAAAAACUGUUUCAUUACACGAGUAUGCUGGUAAUCUGAAAAAUGGCUGCCGUCUAUCAUUGGUGCGCGUGUGUGUGUCCUAACAGUCAUGUGUAUGAACGUAUAUACCACUAUUUCAACAAAAACAAUGCCUAAAUCUGAAAACUUAAAGACUCUCUUGCAGGAGAUGGCCCAUCAUUUAAUGUCGCUUAUCUUUCAAUGCGACUUCCAUAAGCAUGUGAUUUUAUUUCCGAGUAUGUGUGCAUUUAACACAGUUACGCAGUAAUGCCUGAGACCAACGAAGUGGCAAUCAACAUCACGAUAUCAAGUUUGUAUAUGGAAAUCUGGUAUUAAAACUCUUAAAUCCUG